UUUACAGCUCUAUGAAUGGUGAAAAUCAGAAAGAAGGUAGAAAUAUUGGUGGCCUCUGGCAGGUCCAGCAGCCGGGAUAAAUCCAUGCAGCGUUGUCGGAGACGAGCAGUCACUCUCAACCCUCCAACCAGAAAGAUGACACAACGAGGAACCACAGUGUUGGUGGCAGUGUUACUGGCCCUGCUUCACCUCGGGGCUACGCAGCACGCGGUGAUCCACUCAGUAUGUUCGAGUACGGACGGCUCGUGCGGCUCUGCAUCAGGAGUUGCUCAGAGCCAAACUGUGGACCAGAGCGGUGUCACCACAGGCGAGUGUGCUUACAUCGACAAAAGCGGACAGUCUAUUAAGAUUCGGUACCGUCAGACACCCAAUGGCCAGAUCGAAGCUAGUGCGAACCACGACUCGGUUACAGACCCCGUGGCCGAGCUGGCCAAGUGUAGAAAGGCCUCCAAGGUCGUCAGCGAAAACGUGCAACAGACCCUUCGUCAGACACAAGAACAGAUCUUUCGACAACAGCAAGAACUGCAAGACCAAAUCUUCCGGCAGCAGCAAGAGAUCCAAAAUCAGUUGUUCAACCCACGAAACAGCUUCCCAUCCUUCUUCGCCUUCCCCAACGUCUUUCCAUUCAACAAUUUCCGACAGGGUUGAUUUGGCUAGUUAUCAUUAACUGAAAACUUCCUUCGCGUGAAAAUUUCCACCCUUGUGUGCUGGAACUUUUUUCCCCGUGUCCUAAGAACGUUAUCCUCCUGUUUUUUCUAUAUAUUUACAAUUUGUUUAUGGUUUAUUUCAUUCAUCUGAGGUUAACGGUUCAGUUUCAUAUAAGUUUUGUUGUAUUUAACAUUAUAGAAAUGUUGAAAAUAUUAAUUUUUGGACCAUUUUUUAAUAGGAAUAUGAAAUGGGGGCAGAAGGGAACAGAACUAGAUUAUUUUUGUAUUUAUUUUAUAUAUUUGAUAUCAAAAUGUACUUGAAUUUCAUUAUAUUCACCUUCACGAACGUGGUUCAAGUUGUUUUAUGAAGCCGAAAUUCAAGGUUCAUACGAGUUUUUCUAUUAUGUAGCCAGUCUGAAAGCUAGUUGUAACAUUGCAGUUGAAAGUUCAGCUAGUUUAAUCAUUAAUUUAACAUAUUAAAAGGUGAUAAGUUAACUGACCCAAAGUUAACUGACCCAAAACUUAGGAGUCAUAAAGUGUUUUAUUUUGCUUUACCCGAGUUGUGCCAGUGAAACUGUCUUGGAAUAUUGUACAAGAAUACUGUCAACAAUUCACAAUACAUCUGUGUUAUUUAAGUUUUUUUAAGUCUAAUUAGCAACAGUCAUCCUGAGACAUCUUAAAAAUAUGAACAUAAGAUCGUGUUGUUUCUCAGUUCUUAUCGCUUAAAUAAUGAUAUUUCGAGUCGUAGUUCUUUCACUUGGACUCGAAACUCGGAUUCAGAGGAUCGAGUACCGCUUCGUCUUGAAAGAUUGAUAAACGAUUUGAUCCUUGAUCAUUGCUUUCCUUGUGUGUUGACUUGUUCAUUUGACUCAGUUUGGUAUUUAUGUUUGCUUUGGGUGUUGUGAGUGGGCUGGCGUCCCUCUGAAAGGUAUGUAGAUUGUUUACAAAUAGGUUUGCUUUUAAUUUUUUUCUCUCUGGGUCGCGAAAAGAUUUAGAACCACUCUUAACAUCCUUAAAUGUGUCUUCCUCGUGUAUGUGACUUCUCUCACGUGAAGCUUUUUUUUAUUAAUUACCCGUGUUUUAGAUAGAGUAAUACUUUGAGUGAUACAGGACACAUAAAUAAUCAAAUGUUUAUUUACAUCGCAGAUACACAGAUUGGUAAGGCUUCAGGUUAAUUACUCGUUGGAAUGAAAAGCGGAUACCGCAUGUGUGGGGUCGAAUGACUCGUAUUGGGAUACUUGAAUGGUUACACAUGUUUGUGCUGCAUUAAGGAAGGAUAAGGAUUCUAUGCUGUCAUGUAAAAGAUAAGGAUUUUAGCCUUCAGUAUAAUUGAUAAAGAGUUUAGCUUUCAGUGACGAAGAUAGGGAACUUUUCCUGCAGUUUCAAAAAUAGAGAUUUUAGCAUGCAGUAAAUCAACGUUCCUUUCCCCUAAGAUAGUGUGACUGAUGUUGAGUGUGGUUAGGACUGAAGAAUAUUUCGUUUCCCAAUCUCUCUAUAUGUAUAUAUUUGCGUUAGUGAAAUAAUGUGAGAAAUGAUCACUGUGGCCAAGACUUUAAUACUAGACAGAAAAGUACUCUGUAAAAGUAUGUCUAGAAGAGGUGCUAUGAUAUGGACAAGGUACAUCUAGUAUUUGUGCUGUGCUAGGUGCUUUAAUUCUAUUGGUUUUUGUUGUAUUUUGUAUAGGUAUUGAAAUACAAAAGAUGUUGUGGAAACCUAUGUUGUUUUGCUUAACAGAUUAAACAAUUGAAACUUGUUGUGAUAAGUAGGAACAAAUUUGUCUUGAUUUUGUUAACACUGUUAUCAAAUUAAUUUAUAACUUGUUUCCAUUAUUAAAUAAAUAAAUAUAUAUAUUUACAUUCAGGACUAAAUUUA